AUGAACCCUCUCCCCCUCCUUGAAACUAUUGCCUCACCCUCUCUGCCGUCCAAGUCACACCCGCUCCGCUUCCCCUUCACUGCUACAGAAGCAGUCAUGUCGGAUCUCAGCAAACACUUCGAAACGUUGCAGCUCCAUGCGGGCGCCGAGCCUGAUCCGACGACCAAGUCGAGGGCGGUGCCCAUCUACGCGACGACGAGCUUCACCUUUGAUGACUCGGCCCACGGAGCGAGGCUGUUCGGCCUCAAGCAGUUCGGCAACAUCUACAGCCGCAUCAUGAACCCCACCGUCGACGUCUUCGAGAAACGCAUGGCGGCGCUCGAAGGCGGCGUCGCCGCCCUCGCCUCCUCCUCCGGACAGGGCGCCCAGUUCAUCACCAUCGCGACGCUCGCCCACGCCGGCGACAACAUCGUCUCCACCACCAACCUCUACGGCGGCACCUACAACCAGUUCAAGGUCUUCCUGCCCCGCCUCGGCAUCCGCACCAAGUUCGUCGACGGCGACAGGCCCGAGGACUUUGCCGCCGCCAUCGACGACAAGACCAAGGCCGUCUACGUCGAGAGCAUCGGCAACCCGCGCUACAACGUGCCCGACCUCGAGGCCAUCGCCAAGGUGGCGCACGACAAGGGCGUCCCCCUCGUCGUCGACAACACCUUUGGCGCCGGCGGCUACUUUGUCCGACCCAUCGACCACGGCGCCGACAUCGUCGUCCACUCGGCCACCAAGUGGAUCGGCGGCCACGGCACCACCAUCGGCGGCGUCGUCGUCGACUCCGGAAAGUUUGACUGGGGCAAGCACGCCAAGCGCUUCCCCCAGUUCGUCGAGCCGAGCGAGAGCUACCACGGCAUCAACUUCUGGGAGACCUUUGGCCCCAUUGCCUUCAUCAUCCGCGCCCGCGUCGAGGUCCUGCGCGACCUCGGCGCCACCCUGAACCCCUUUGCCGCCCAGCAGCUGCUGCUCGGCACCGAGACGCUGAGCCUGCGCGCCGAACGCCACGCCCAGAACGCCCUCGCGCUGGCCAAGUACCUCGAGAAGAGCACCCACGUCAGCUGGGUCUCGUACCCGGGCCUCGAGAACCAUCCGUCCUACGCGACGGCCAAGAAGUACCUCAAGAAGGGCUUCGGCGGCGUCCUGAGCUUCGGCGUCAAGGGCGGUGCCGCCGCUGGCAGCCAGGUCGUCGACGGCUUCAAGCUCAUCUCCAACCUUGCCAACGUCGGCGAUGCCAAGACGCUCGCCAUCCACCCCUGGACCACGACGCACGAGCAGCUGUCAGACAAGGAAAAGGUCAGCUCCGGCGUCAGCGAGGACCUGAUCCGCAUCUCGGUCGGCAUCGAGCAUAUUGACGACAUCAUUGCCGACUUUGAGCAGUCGUUCAAGGCUGCUGCCGCCACCGCCUAG